AUGGCGAGACUCUGGAUCAGCUUACUUAACCACGAUGGAGAAUCUGUGCCAUCGCAUGACAUCAUAAGUUCUCAGUUUGAAAAAUAUUCUCCGAAAACUGCACGAGGAUGUAAGAAAUUCAUGAAAAGGAAAGAUUUGGAGGAGUCAAGCUAUCUCAAGGACGAUUGUUUCAGUAUCAGGUGCCAUGUCACCGUCAGGAAUGAGAUCCGCACCUUCAAGACAGGGUCAGGGGUCACGACGUUGGUCGACGUGCCACCGUCCAACUUGCACCGGCACCUGCUCGACCUCCUCACCAGCGGAAAGGGAGGGGACAUAUCUUUUGAGGUGGGCGGUGAAACGUUCCGGGCACAUAGGUACAUCGUCGCUGCUCGGUCCCCGGUCUUCAUGGCGGAGCUCUUGGGUCCUAUGAAAGAGAAGGCGGCAGCCUGCAUACGGAUUGAUGGCAUGGAAGCUAAAGUCUUCAAGGCGAUGCUUCACUUCAUCUAUACCGACUCUUUGCCUAAUAUCGACGAGGAUGAAAUUGUGGGGAUGGCACAACAUUUACUUGUCGCUGCGGAUAGGUAUAACCUGGAGAGGCUCAAGUUGAUGUGCGAAGAGACGUUGUGCAAGUCCAUCAACAAAGACAGCGCGGCGACUACAUUGGCGUUGGCUGAACAACAUGGUUGUGAUGGUCUCAAGAAGGCAUGCUUUGAGUUCCUCACUUCUGUUGACAACCUCAAGGCAGUCAUGGCAAGUGAUGGUUUUGCACAUCUGAAGAGCAGCUGUCCUUCCAUCCUAGAGGUGCUGGUCACCAAUCUUUCUCGCUGA